AUGGAGGGCAACAAGCAGCCAGUGAAGGAGGUGCCACCCCAGCCACGUUCUCCACCCCCUCCCGCAUCCGUUCCCAUGACUAUGCCACUUCCCUUACCAUCUUUAGAUGUCACCAUGUUGGCACCGCUCUCCAUCUCAACUUCAGCCAUCACCACGGCCACUGCUAGGACGGCCGCAGCAUCUCUGCAGCACAUGCACCUGGCCUCCACAGUGGCGACAUCCUUCAACAUGCCAAAGGCCCCAGAUGAGGACAGUGAUGCCCUGCCACUGACACACAUAUCAGAAGAGGACAGUAAUGUCCCACCACACAUCAGAGCUCUGAGGUCCUUGAGACACGCUGGCAUCACAGCCGUCUUCACAGGACAGACAAAAGCAGAGAAUGCGCUCCUGCUGUGUCCUGCAGAGGGUGCUGUUCUGGUGGAUGUGGACACCCUGGUGCCGACCCACGAUGCUGAGGGGAGACCUAUCCCAGAGUGGAAGAGGCAGGUGAUGGUGCGAAGGCUGCAUGCCAGACUCAGCGAGGAACACCAGCAGCACAAGGAUCCAGGCUGGAGGUUCUCCCAAGUGCAUGAUGCCCUCUUAGGGCCCUUUGGGGAACUGCUGACUGAAGAUGACCUGAUGUUCCUGGAGCGUCAAAUUGAGAACGCCUCGGAGCAGCAUCGUUUCCAUGCCUACGAAGCUGAGCUCACACGAUUAGCUGAGAGGCUCCAGGCCAUCCUGCCUGCCCCAGUCAUCAACAUCACUGUCAACACACAGCCCCAACAACUGUCGCCUGGCAACGAGGGCACUCUCUCGUUACCUGCCUGGUACAGCCGCAUCUACGGCAUUGUUAGGAGCCUGAACCACCUCCUCGGCAUCCUUACGGAGCACAGCAUCUCUGAGGGGCUGGGGGAUGACCCUAAUGCCAGGCUACCCCUGGUUCUGACCCCCUCCUCCCUGCCUCUUCUCCCGCUGCGGCAACCAGUGGGGGGCAGAAGCAGGAGGGAGAGGGUGCAGACGGAGAUCGAGCAGGCGGGGGUGUCUGUGCGUCUACUCAGGUCUAACUUCGAGGGCCAGACGGGGCUUGCGCACCCACUGACUGGAAGGCUGCACAACCCAGAGGCACUGCGACUGAACACUGUUACCACAGCAGCAGACAAGCCACUACCUCUGUCUGUUCCAACUGAAUCAGACGGGCAUAGAGCUGAGACUGAGUAUGCUCCAAACACUCCUCACCUCAGGGUUAACCCAACCUCUGGCCCCAGAGUCACCUCCGACCCUGGCCCUAAUGUGACCCUCCACCCCAACCUAGGCAGGAACUCCAGCACCCCAAUCUCGCACCGCUGCUCUCCCAUCAUGGACUCAGGCAGCCUGAGGAAGGAACGGAUUGUGGUUCUGUUCCUGAGCCACUGGAAGAGGUCAGCGUAUGCCAUCAGCCUGAGGGCCAAGCUCACGCUGGGCAUUCACGAGCCUGGCAACUCUCCAGCCCUGCAGGGGGCAAUCGAUCCCACCAGCAUCGAGCUCCAGCUCCACAGUCCAGCCCCAGACAACCCCCUCAGAGACAUCUCACCGCACCACUGUCUCCCAGUAGACACCCAGCUAAGUCCCAACUUACAGCACAUGACUUUACCCCCACAGACACAGACAAGUUACAACUCGGUGCAUCAGAGUUUAGCAUCAGAUCCUAAGGCCGGCACCAAUUCAGUGUACCAGAGUCUUCCAGCUUGCACCAAGGCAAGUCACAACUUCAAGCAACUGAGCCAAGUAGGAGACACUCCGCCCUGCAGUGGUGCCAUGCACAGGGUCUGCAGGCAGAUGAUGUUUGUGCACAAGAUGAUCAGCACCUGGAAAAGGACUGGCAGCAGCAGCAGGGCUUUGGUUCGUCAGGGCUCUGGCGCCAGUCCGCCCCGGCGCCUCACCUACUCCCCGGAGCAGUUCCUCUCCCAGGCAGACGGGGGUGCUGUCCCUUACAGCCGCCUGACGCUGGACCUCUUCAUGCUGGGCUACCUGCGGUUGCUAGAGUGCAAGCUGCCUGCCGAUGAGCGCAAGAUGCGCCACCUGCUCUGCUUCGAGGUGUUUGACCACGUGGGCCGCUAUCCAUGGGAGACCGUGCGGGGCUUCCAUGCCGCCGUGCUGCGGGAGAUCGAGGAGGGGAGACGAAGCUGGGGCGACGGCUUCGACGACAUCAAGGCCCGCUUCUUUGGCGGGGGAGAGGAGGCCAGGAGGAGGAGGUCGAGUGGGUCAGGGCGCCACCUAGUGGUACCGCGGCUGUCGGUCGACGGCUCUGCUCUUGAGUCCUGCGGAGUUGUUGCCGGUGAGGAGGAGGAGGCUUGCGGCUUCAUCACGCGUAGCUUCGCCUUCUGGAAGCAGCAAGAGGCAGAGCUGUUUCACCUCAAGCAGCUGACAUAA